GCCAGCUUCGACCCCAGUCCUGGGCGAGCCGGCCUGGACGCUGCGUCGCCGCGGGCAGCGAUGCGCAGAGGGUCCGCGUCGCCCCGGGGCCGCCGUGCGGCACCAUGAAGCUCCGCAGCAAGGCGGCAGCGCUGCUCCUGCUCGCGCUGGCCGUGCUGCUGCUGGCGCUGCUGUCCUUGCGCUCCCGCCGGGACCCGGAGCCCCCUGGGUUCCCCGCGCGACCCGAGGCUGCCCCUCAGCGCCGCCACGCGCCGGUCCCCACGCUGCCACCGGAGCCCCGCGCCUUCCCCGGAGCCUCUGGCCGGCGCUCCCCCAGGCGUCGGCCCCCGCGUCUGCGCCCCCGAGCGGACCGCCCGCGCGCCGCCAGCCAGGAGAAGUUGGCGAGGAGGCCUGGGGAAGUGAGGAGUUUGCACUCUGUGCCACCCGAGCUCUGGAUUCACCUGGCCGUGGUGGCCUGUGGCAACCGGCUGGAGGAGACUCUGGUCAUGCUCAAGUCAGCUGUGCUUUUCAGCCACAGGAAGAUGUGCUUUCACAUCUUCACGGAAGAUGCUCUGAAGCCCGAGUUCGAUAAACAGUUGCGCCAGUGGCCCGACUCAUAUACAAAGAAGUUUGAGCACAGACUCUACCCUAUCACAUUUUCCGUCGGAAACCCUCAGGAAUGGAAGAAACUAUUCAAACCCUGUGCGGCCCAGAGACUCUUUCUUCCGGCGAUCUUAAAGGAUGUGGACUCACUUCUCUACGUGGACACUGACGUCCUCUUUCUGCGGCCCGUGGAUGACAUCUGGAAGCUUCUAAGACAGUUUAACUCCACCCAGCUUGCUGCCAUGGCCCCAGAGCAUGAAAUCCCUAAGAUUGGCUGGUACAGUCGCUUUGCCCGGCAUCCUUUCUACGGCUCCGCUGGGGUUAACUCAGGGGUCAUGCUCAUGAACUUGACUCGCAUACGAAGUACCCAGUUCAAGAACAGCCUGAUUCCAACAGGCCUGGCUUGGGAGGAGAUGCUGCUCCCGCUGUACCAGAAGUAUAAGAAUGCCAUCACGUGGGGCGACCAGGAUUUAUUAAAUAUUAUUUUUUAUUUCAACCCAGAGUGUCUCUACGUGUUCCCCUGCCAGUGGAACUACCGCCCUGAUCACUGCAUGUACGGAAGCAACUGCAAAGACGCUGAGCGGGAAGGUGUGUCUGUUCUGCAUGGCAACCGUGGCGUCUACCACGACGACAAGCAGCCCACUUUCCGAGCACUCUAUGAAGCAAUCCGGGAUUUUCCCUUUCAGGACAAUCUUUUUCAAUCUAUGUACUACCCUCUGCAGCUGAAGUUUUUGGAGACGGUGCAUACCCUGUGUGGACGGAUCCCCCAGGUUUUUCUCAAGCAGAUUGAGAAAACAAUGAGAAGGGCUUACGAGAAGCACGUUAUCAUCCACAUGGGUCCCAACCCCGUGAGCUGAGUGUCCUGGUGUUUGUGACCAAGGACAUGGAUCCUUAGCUGCCUGGAUAUUUGUGUGUGUGAAUAUUUAAUGGUGCUCUGUAACUGUUGAGGUUCAAAUGCCUAAUUAUAUUUUGCUAAGUUAAUUAUCCCUAAAAGGGAAUAUGCUUUUCUUUAUUUUCUCCUGAUAUCCUAUUUAUCUUCUAUUUUUAAAGUUAUUUUAUGAAUUUAACAUUGUCCCAGUGUGUUGAGAGAGAAAGGGGAACUUUCUUUCCAGCCCUCAAAUACGAGCCCCUGUUGGUAUAUGCAGCUAUCAUAAUUAUCUGGAUUUCUUGAGACUCUUCCUAUGCGACUUGCUCUCUCGUACCCUAUUAAAAAGCAAUAUGUGUUGGGCUGUCAA